AUGCCUCGUAUUUCAUGGUGAUUUUGGCCGAUGCAUUCUGUACAAAGGAAGUUAAACUUUCCCGUCGAUUUCUUGUUACGUGACAAAAUCAGCAAUUGCGAUCAAUAUUGCUCAUCAUUAUGCCAAGGUAUGGUUCCAAGACCUACAGCCGUACAUUACGUGCAGGCACAACCUCCAACACACAGUUCGACGAACUCUUCACUGAUUCCAGUGUCCGUCGGCGACCAGUGACACGCUCCUCCCCGACCAAAGGUUCGCAAAUGAAAACCUCCCCAAUGAAGUCCCAUAAUGCAGUGGUGAAGCAGGUGACGUCAGGGAACGCUGUGCGGUCAGCACGUAAUUCUGAGCAGCCAGACACACUCAGUAGCCCAAAGAGGAGACGAUUGGACAGCGGUAACGAUGACCCGUUUAGCUUCAGCAGUGAUGAUGACGCAUCACGCUCACCAAUCAAGAAAAACGAUGUGCGGACAGUCACAUCUCCCAAUAAGUUAUCUGGGCUGGAUAAUCAGCCAGCAUUGAGACAAACACGGGCCAGCAGUGCCCAAGCUCUCGCUGAUAGCAAGAUACAGACCAGAUCAUCUGGGAACAGCAAGCCUAUAACGUUGGCCGACCGAACGAAAAAGCAAACUUCUAUCAUGCGCUAUGUCAAGAAACUCCCCCAAGGGGAAAAUGAUCGCUCGGCUACCAAUCAACAAACCUCAGUUCUACCCAAUUCAAACGAUGCAAUGAGAACGAUAGCAGCCCCACCCACAACUAAAUCUGCUAAGCCAUACCCGAAGCCCACCUCCACAAACUCUGUGGAGUCCCUCUCUCAGGUCAGCAAUUCCUCUGAGUCUAGCAGUGCCCUCUAUAGUCUGAACAGCACACCAAACUCGGGAGGAAUGUCGCCGACGCAAGUCCUUAAUUCCAUCACCUCCCAGCCCAGCUCUAGCGAAGAAGGCAGCAUUUUGCUCCUAUCUGACGGAGAGUACAAUCAACCCACAGCGACAACGGCACAGAGUCAAGUUUCCCAUCGGACGUCAAGCAAACCCUCACAAGCGUCCAAGCAUGAACAAGUGAACUUAGCGUCAGUCGAAAACUCAAAAGACGAGUUUGAUUUCACAGAUAGCGAUGAAUCGGACGAUGAGUACAGCCUGCAGCCUCCCAAUGCAAUCGCUGGUUUUAAGGACAAAAACCAAGAUGCUAAGAAAAUCUUCAACAGCCCCAAAAAGUCCCCGGCCAAGGCUCGCUACAACGCUAGGUCCUGGAAUGCACCCACUAGUCCGGAGGAACCGGAGAAAAACAACGUAGCAGAAAAGCCCAAAUCGCAACCCUCCCUGAAAAAAUGGCAGUCGGAUCCUUCAAAUAAGGCAUCGACAAGUGGCUAUAGCGGUCGGGGUGCUAGACCAGGGGUCAGAGGUGGUGCCAAGGGGUUGACCAGACAGGUCACCUACCCAACCAAGGUCAACCACUCCAUCGUGACCUCGCUGAAGUGCGACAAACAGGAGAAAGGGCUUUACACGGUGGUGCAACACGUCAAGCAAGCCACCCAAUGUCAGGAGUCGGGAGAGAGUCAGCAGUAUGCUGACGACAUUGAGUAUCUGAGAGAUGGCUUAGAACCGAUUGCCUCGACAUCCACACGCUGUCUCAGUACCAUCAGCCUGGUUGAGAAGUGUGCAGCUCCAGCCUUCCGUCUUCACCUGCGAGCUCACGGAACCAUCAGCAAGCUGUUUGCUGCCCUCAGGGACGCUGAUCACUUCCCGAGCCUAGCCCUAUGCACCUCCGGUCUGAUGUACAUGCUGAGCCGUGAUCGUCUCAACAUGGACUUGGACCGUGACUCCCUUGACCUGCUGGUGCGGCUGCUCAGUGUAGAAUCAGAGAUGACGUCCGAUCAGUGGACCGAGACCAAGAAACAGGACUACGAUCGCACUAAGGAGAAACUGAGGAGUAUCCUAGAAGAGGUUCCUAACACUUGCAGUAUGGCUAAGGAUUUGGACUUGGACGGUCUGUCGAGUGAAUAUUUAGCCAUGGAAUCCUUACUGUCUCUGACAUCACGCCGAGCUGGUGAAUGGUUCAAAGAGGAACUUCGUCAAGUUGGCGGGCUGGACCACAUAGCAGACACAGUGAUAGGAGUAGGAGAGAAGCUUGCAACCUUGACCCCAGGCACUGACCCUGCCAACUUGGAGCUGAUUGAGAGACUCAGUGGCUGUCUGCGCGUCCUGGAGAAUGUGACAUUCCUGAACACUGAGAAUCAACAGUAUCUCCUAGAACUCAACGACUGUAGCUUAGUCAAGGCCUUCGCUAGUAUGUUACCUUUGUGUGCUCAGCGUGUCGAGAGUUGCCGUGAUCAAGAGAGAACGUUACGCCUUGGUAAAGAGAAGACACCCGGCGGUAAGAUGAGACUGUGUCUGCUGGCACUGCUGCGAGUUCUGCUGAACAUCACCCAUGAUAAUGAAUGGGGAAGCAUGAAAGUAGGGGAGCAAUCUGGUAUGAUCAGCAACACCUUGUUCUGUGUGCUUCAAGUGGCGCAACACAUCGCCCACGACCAACGCUUUGAUCUACUGGUGCUGAGUCUUGGUGUUCUCAUCAACCUUGUCGAGCAUUGCCCAGGCAACGCUAAGAUCCUGACCAACACGAUGACCAGCUACUCCUACGACGCUCAGAAAGACGAGAAGGAUAAAUUUACAAAUAGGGAGGAGGUUUGCUCGUUAGAAGCACUCACACAGCUGUUUAUGCAGCGGUAUCGUGCAGCAUCUCGCGCCGAGCGAGAGCCAGAACCAGGCGAGGAACCUCAUGAAGAUGAGGAUGAGGAUUACAGUGAGGCUCAAGCUGGUCUGGAAUGGGUGGAGAUUGAAACCUCAGGGACAGGAGGUCCCAAUGACCUCACAGAGGAAGAGAUCAAACGGUCCGUCAGUAAAGUGCUGCACACAGCAGGUAAACACAUGGAGGACAGCAUUGUAGCUUCCUACACUGCACUGCUCAUUGGAUGUCUGGUCAAGGAUAAUCACAUGAACGUUACUCGCGUGCGUAGCUUCCUACCAGACGGGGAUUUCAACUGCAUGGUACAAAUGCUACAGAAGUUCCUGUCCUUUAUUGAAUUGACGAAUGCCGCCGGCAACACCGGCAGUAAAUCCAUAUCCAAGAUUAUUGAGGUAUUAGAUCACCUUUAGCUGAGUGGUACAGUCCAGCAGAGUGUACAGUUGAAUCAUGGACUCUUCGAUAGGACAUCAACAACAGGGGUGUGGGAAAUAGCAUGACCAAACUGAAGGGAAGUUCACCUAUUACUGUAUGUAAAUGUUCCGCCAUAAAGACACACAUUUGCAAAAUUCAAAAUUCAUAGACACUUUUUGCUUUAACUGUACAAUAUCGGUCACACGUCAUUGAAACUCAGUUAUGUUGCAUUUAAGCAGCCAAGUGGGUCGUUUCUAAGAGGUUGCAAUGCAUGCUGGGAAAUCUGCCGGAGAACUCAUUUCACUGUUUAGUCUUCUGCCACUGUGUACAUCUGUCCAUAAUUCAUUUUUAUGAAGGCAUAACAGUUUGGCAUUCAUUGUGAAGGAAAUUUGCAUCCCGUGCUAACGUCCUGGUGCAUGUUGACCACAAGAGGGCGCUUUCGUGGUUACAUCAUCCAGAACCGAAGGGGACACGAAGCUCUGAUGUCACUUUGCAGUGCUGUCAAGUGUUUGCAUUGCUUUGGCCACAUUGGCCAAACUGAGCAUACCCUGACAUAGAAUGGUUUGACCCAGGCAAGCAUUCCUUGUAGUGUAAUCCCGGACCCUGGCACUAGCAACGCAGGGUUAUAAUAUCUCUGUGGAGGGGGAGUGUGUCCAUUUUAUAAUGGCUCCAAAAGGUUGCAUUUCUCUUUCCUUAUAGGUGAGCUAUCUAUUUUUGUAAAUUAGCUUGAAUGUGGAUAAUUUAAACAGAAGUGUAUCGUUCAUUGUACAUAUAAUUCAUGGUAAUAGGCCCAUAUUUUAUGAAAACAUUUUGUCUUCUUUCAUGGGUGAACUGACUUUUAUGUGUCGGGGGAAUAAUUCGUAAUAACUCUCACUAUUAUCAAUUAUCAAUAUAUUUUAAAUCAUUGAUUGGAAAUAAGUCUCUCUUUUUUGUUACAUUUGUUUCAUUUUGAAUAAAACAUUGUUUUUGUGUUUUGGGAAAAUUGUUGGACAUGCACAAAAAUCAGGCAAAAUGAGGAUUUUCUCUGAUAGAGUUUCCCCAUCUCUGUCAUGUUUAUUGAUGGCACUGCUUUAUAUUUUUUGGAAACUUUGAUUGCAUAAAAGUAAUUUUGGGUGGGUUUAAGGUGAAUUUCUUUGUUUUUGACAUGUAAAUGUUGAUUAUUAAUUAUACUCGUUGUGACCUAUAAUGAUCCAUUUAUUUUUUUCGUGUACAUUUUAAUUAUUUUAAAUAAUGUUGUCUUGCAAUUGUGGAUUGAAGUUGUUUAAAUGCGUAAGCAAAGAGUUUCGUCACAAUUUUUUUUUUUUUAAGAUAUCUUUUAAUUUGGCCCACUAAUCAUGAUUAUGUUGUAGUUAAAUGACAAACUUCUAAAUUUAUAUGUGUAGGUUGUGGUUUGGAAUCCUAAACAAUGUCAGUUAACACCAUCAAUUUGUUAACUUUCAAACUGACCACCUUUUAGUCCUCAAAGUAAUGUUCGUAUGUUACAAUUGGAUGACAACAAUUUGAAAUCAGGCGACAAAAUUUGUGCAAAACGGGAUAAUAUUGGACCUUAUUUUGUUUUGAAAAAUUGUAAAUACAAUGGGCUACUCUAUUUAUGAUCAAAUAUGUGGUUCCAUUUUCUGGCUAAAUUUAAAAAUGGAUUUAAAAUCCCAUUUUGUAUCAAACACAUAAAUUUUCCGUAAUUUGAUGCCAUGAUUUCUCAUUCUAAUUUGGGGGAAAACAUGAACGUAUUUGGUCUUUUUUCCUUCAAGAAAGGGUUUAUAACUUACGAGUUGGUUGUAUGUACAGUUAGUAAGGUUUAGGGUUCAACCAGUUUAGAUAUUAAUUUGUGAAACUAUGAAUUUUUGGAACAAAAGUUGGUGGUGUAAUUGUUAAUGUAUAGAUAAACCCUUGUUGUAAAUGUAACUUGGAGAGAGGACUAAAAAGGGCGAUUCCAGAUGAAUAAAGUAACAGAAUCAUAGGAGUUCAACA